AUGUCGAAUAUAAGUAAUGCUCUUAUAUGGGAAUUAACAAAGAAAAACAGUUGUUUCCUUAAAAAAAAUAAAAGAGGAGGAAGUAGAGUAUUCUCAUGUGAUCCUUAUAAUGUUUAUUGUAAAAACACUCCAUCUAAUAGUGGUUUAGUAAAAGAUAAUUGUAUAAAUGUGAGAAUAUUGAAAAGAAAACCAGUAUUACUUGUUAAAAAAUUAAAUGAAAAAAAUGGUGUUGUUACUAAAGAAUGUAAAACAAAAAAUAUUAAGAAUGUAGAAAAAUUAAUUGAAGAAUAUGGGAAGAAUGAAAAAGAAAAAAAUAAAAGAAAAUUAUUGAAAAAAUACAAGCGUUUAUUCAAAGUAUAUUGUAACACUCGUAAAAGAAAUAAAUGA